AUGGAGGAAAAAUAUCAGAAUCACAACCACAACAUUUCAACAAAACCUCCCUUUCUGCUUCUCCCUCUCCUUCCUACAGGUAACGAAAUCCUACACAGGCUGACCAAGGAGCCACACAUACUGAGGGUGGACGCUGAGGACUUCGAAAACAGCAGACGAUUUGGAAUGUGGCACAAAUUCAAAGUUGACAGUGAGAAGCAAGGGUACAGGCUUCAGGCGGUGCUGUACGACACUAACAGCACGCUCGGUGAUGGUCUUCUCUGGCACAGCGGAAUGCAGUUUUCCACCAUCGACAGAGAUAAUGAUAAACACAAAGGCAGCUGUGCACACGAAUACAAAGGCGGUUUUUGGUAUAACGUGUGUCAUAACGCCAAUCCAACAGGCGUCUUGUCCAAUUCCGAUCAGUUUGACUCCGUGGGCUGGGUCUACUGGUCACCCAAAAGGUACAAAUGGGCAAGCUUGAGGUUUCUACAGCUUAAACUGCGCCCCAAAAGCUUCGGCAGUGCUAGCAGUGACCAACCUGGGCCCGGAGACUGUUAAUAGCCUGGAGAAAGUGUAAAUUGAAGCUUGGAUCGUGAAAAAAGUGAAGAUUUGAGAUAAUAUUCGUGAAAAACUGUGAAAAUUUUGCCAGUUUUAAGUUUUGUACAGAUUAAAUUGUGUUUUUUUUAAGGUUUUUAGACAGAAUGGUGGACAAAUUUAGUGACAGUAGGUGAGAGACAGUGGGAAAAGUGAAAAUUGAGGCUUGAAUCGUGAAAAAAGUGAAGAUUUGAGAAAAUAUUUGUGAAAAACUGUGAAAAAUGUCUAAGUUUUAAGUUUUGUACAGAUUAAAUUGUGAUUUUUUAAGGUUUUUAGACAGAAUGGUGGACAAAUUUAGUGACAGUGGAUGGUAGACAGUGGGAAAAAUGUAAAUUGAGGCUUGGAUCGUGAAAAAAGUGAAGAUUUGUGAGAAUAUUCAUGAAAAACUAAAAAAUUUGCCAGUUUUAAGUUUUGUACAGAUUAAAUUGUGUUUUUUUUAAGGUUUUUAGACAGAAUGGUGGGCAGAUUUAGUGGCAGGAGGUAGAAGACAGUGAGAACAGUGAAAAUUGAGGCUUGGAUCGUGAAAAAAGUGAAGAUUUGAGAGAAUAUUCGUGAAAAACUGUGAAAAAUGUCCCACUUUUAAGUUUUGUACAGAUUAAAUUGUGAUUUUUUUAAGGUUUUUAGACAGAAUGGUGGACAAAUUUAGUGACAGUGAAUGGGGGACAGUGGGAACAGUGAAAAUUGAGGCUUGGAUCGUGAAAAAAGUGAAGAUUUGAGAGAAUAUUCGUGAAAAACUAAAAAAUUUGCCAGUUUUAAGUUUUGUACAGAUUAAAUUGUGUUUUUUUGAGGUUUUUAGACAGAAUGGUGGGCAGAUUUAGUGGCAGUAGGUGGAAGACAGUGAGAACAGUGAAAAUUGAGGCUUUAGUCGUGAAAAAAGUGAAGAUUUGAGAUAAUAUUCGUGAAAAACUGUGAAAAAUGUCUAAGUUUUAAGUUUUGUACAGAUUAAAUUGUGUUUUUUUUAAGGUUUUUAGACAGAAUGGUGGACAAAUUUAGUGACAGUGGAUGGAAGACAGUGGGGAAAGUGAAAAUUGAGGCUUGGAUCGUGAAAAAAGUGAAGAUUUGAGAGAAUAUUCGUGAAAAACU